UAUUACCUUUUUUAUGACAACCUUCAAAAGCCCGUGAGUCGUCUUCAACACUCGGCGAGACCAGCGGUGGUCCUCACAUGGCGGAAAAACACUCCACACUCAGUUCAAUUAUAUAAACCGAUCUCAAUUCCGACUCCGCAACCUCAGCCAUGGAAGCUCUGUGGAACUUGGAAGACAAAUUGAGGCUCUCCACGAAGCAAGCCCUAAUUCUCUUCACAUUCGCGGCGGCCGCCGUGGCCGGGCUCUGCGCGACGGCGUGGGUGAAGAAGAGAGGCCGGCGACGGAGCGGGUGGGCGCGGUGGGGCGGAGGAGGCGGAGGCGGAGGAGAGACGCCGGUGCGGCUGUUGGGAGGGGAAGAGGAAUUAGGGUUCGGAAGCCGGAAUUCGACGGCGGCGGUGUGGCAGAGGCCGAUUUUAAUGGGGGAGAAAUGCGAGAUGCUCAAGUACAGUGGGCUUAUUCUGUACGACCAAAGGGGAAGAUUGCUGCACGAUUCCAUUGCCGCCACCGCCAUGGAAGGCGCUCACAAGGUGCUGCUUCGAAGGAGAAGCCAUAGUAGUGAAGACAAGGUUGAAGGAUCUACUCUGAUAUCGUCUCCUUUUAUGGAAAUCUUUUAUGAAAUACAUAUGAUUGGAUUGUGCAAAAGAAUAAACUUGAGUUUAUGUUGUACAUGUUCGGUUUACCGGUUUUGACUUUCUAAAUACUAGAGUAUACAAAUCAAAUUCACGAGACAAA